UCUACCGAUCUUUUUUUUCAGUGUAUAUUUAGCCGUUGUGAAUACAUUUAAAAAGUAUGGUGUUUAACAAUUUCUGAACGCGAGUGCUAAGAUUAAGCAAAUCUCAGAUAACGAGUUCCCCAAAUUAUAGCAUGGAUACCUUCAAUAGUAUAUCGAUAGCAGUUGCGUUUAAGAUAUGUAUCCACAAUUCCGCCCAGAUUUAAUUUGCUACGUCCUUGAGACGAGACUUUCGCUGUUGGAACUUCUAGAGAUUUUCGCCAACACCUUUUUUUUUUGUUUUGGAGCUUUUUUAUUUUACGAAUUCCCCCCAAAUUUUAAAUUAUUUUCUUUUUUUAUUUCUGGAUAUUCAUUGACAUCAAUCCAUCCGUGCUUAACAUUUUGCAUCACUAAAAAUGUGUACUUAAUUUAAUUGCAUAUAUAAUGCCAUCAACAAACAGAUUUGAAAAGUGUGAAAAUUAUGCUAGUUUCUUCGAGCGGAAACGACAACAGCUGUAACCCGAUUUGUGAAGGGCUUCUCUACGAUUGAAAAAUAAAAAAAUCGUAAAAAGUGUUCGCUGUGACUCAGAUCUGUUGAGGUUCGUAAAGGAGCAGCAUCUCUAGGCGAAGUUGCAUCCCUGCUGUGAUUUCACAUAUGAAUCUUCAUGGAUAUUGAAUGAUAUUUUAUCUGUGCGUUACGUGAAGUGCAUUAAACUCUCAAAUACUUCAGUGAAAGUACUAUAUUUACUCGCCUAAAUUCUGCUGCACCGAUUAUUUUAGGAAUACAACACCAAACCAGCGACUUAAGCGCUAAGGGUAUACAUUUCAAAGGGGGAAAAAACUUUAAAAAAAAAAUAAAAAAUAAUGUUCCUAACACUGUUCUGUCUCCUGGCCUCCCGCUUAGUUCAACCGUUAUGUUCCUCCCCUUGCAUGUGCGGUAAAGCCAUGGUCGAGGAGGCCACCCUCCCGAACAACCUAACAAUGGACAAAAUUCUCCGGCACCUCACCGUCAUGCGAGAGGCGGACAGACUGGAAAGCGACACCUCUUCUGGAAUAGUCUCAAUCGGGGACGAAGACUUAACGACCGAUAUCAUAGCGGCUGCAGCACUCGGAGAGGCAACUUUUCAAGAUGACGUCAUUCCGGCUCACGUCAAGGAUGACGUCGACCUAAAUCACAUCCAGGAUGACGUCGACUUGGCUCCCGUUGCAGAUGGAGACUCGAAGUUACCGGAGUCCAGCCCAUUGGUCGUGGCGCCGAUCCACUUAAGGACUGUAAUCGACCCGGAAAUAGGAGAGACUGCUCUGGAACCCAUUGUAUCGGAAUCUGCUACUGACAUGCCGAGCGAAAGAAUCCCUGUAGAGGCAGAACACCCCAAGGAAUGGAGCGCGUCACCUGAGGAGCGCGCAUCGGGAAGAUCUUCAGAGAGGAUCCAAUCUGUAGGAGAUAGACUUGCGGGAGUGAUGGAUGAAAUUCGUUCCGCGACCACUUUGGACAUGGGAUUAAAAGCGAACAGCGAGAGGGGUGGCGGCGACGAUGCAGUGCUUGGUUCCAUCAUCAACCUCCCCGACGUCGCCUGUGAAGAGGGCAAGAAAAGAGACGCUGCCGGAAAAUGCCGCAAGGUCGUUUGAUACAGUGGCCACUCCGAAAAGUUGCCAACACUCUUUAUCCCCCCAUUUAAACGUAUGUAAGGGUGCUUUCACGAUAACUCCAAUAGUUUUGUCGUCGAAACAGACAACACAUUUUUCGCUCAUAUUUUUAGUAGAAAUGAUGAUCACCCGAAUUUUUUCGCAUUCAUCUUCAAAGGGUCACGUAUUAUAACGAUUUCUAAUGAUUUAUUGCUCUACUUCUCAAUUGGAUUACAUUUUGCAAAAAGGAACCACUAUUAGGGUGUUCCGUUUUUAGACAACCAUCUCAACACCUUGCUCCCCGGGCUUUUUCCCAUUCCUUUUGGUCCCCAAAAGAUAAUUCUGAAGUUUCAGCGCCAUUGCUGAAACUGUCUGAAAACGGAACACCCUAACCACUAUCUUUGGCU